GCAUUUUUUUUUAUUCAUGUUCUAUUUUUGUGUGUGACGGUUCUGUCGUGCGGUUAUUGAAAUAAUUUACUUCUAAUUUUAAUGAUUCAAUUUCGUUUACUAAUCGAGAACUAUUCAAGAACGAUCUUUUGUUUGCGCUAAUUCCAAAAUGCAGAACGGAGAGGAAACUGCGGCGCCCGCAGAUACUGCGCCGGAGGUGGCACAGGAGAUAACCAAGCACUUCUACCGCGUGAAAGUAUGGCGGCAUCUCGAGAGUUCGUACCUCGCGAUGUUCCCCAGACCCGUCUACAACCGGAUACCGAAUUUCAAGGGUGCGAACGAGGCGGCGGCGAAGCUGGCCGAGUUGGACGUGUUCAAGAACGCCACCAGCGUUAAGGUCAACCCUGAUAAACCGCAGGAAGCCGUCAGGGUCCUCUGCCUCGAACAGGACAAGACGCUGUACGUGCCGGUCGCCAGGAACCAAACCGGCUACCUCAGCCGCGUCGUGCUAGAGGGAGAGAAGACACCGGCGCUGAUCAAGAAGGCCGUGUCUAGGAACGGCAUGGAAACGUAUGGUGUUACUGUUGGUAUUGAGGAGCCAGUGUCUUUGGAUCUUGUGGUUAUGGGUUCUGUUGCUGUGUCCAAGGAGGGAUAUCGCAUCGGCAAAGGAAAAGGUUAUGCCGACCUGGAGUUUGGACUGAUCAGCCACUUGAAGGCGAUCAAACCCACCACCAUCAUCGCUACCACUGUGCACGACUGUCAAGUGUUCGAGACCCUGCCUGCGGAGCUGUUCGGACCGCACGACGUACCCAUAGAUCUGAUCGUGACACCCACACAGGUGAUCGAGACCCAGCGUAUGAGCCAGCGGCCCGCCGGCGUGCUGUGGCACAUGCUGUCCAGCCGCCGCCUGCAGCUGAUACCGGCGCUCGCGGCGCUGCGUGACGUCGAGAUGCUCGCUGGUCGAGCGUGCACGUUGAAGGAAGAAGAUACGGACGUCGAGGAGCGUCGCGGGCCCGCACGCGGGCGUCGCGCGCGCACACGCAGCCAUAAGAGCCAGAGCGAGGGAGAUGGCGGCAACACGACGGAAGGCGAAGAGAGCAAGCCCAAGGGUCGUCGCACACCGCGCCGCCGCAACAGCCACAAGAACAAGGAGGGGAAGGAGGAGGGAGAGGGGAAAGACGGCAAGGAGGAGAAACGCCGCCCCAAGCGGUACAAGCCCGCACCCAUAGAUUUCACUGUUAAGAUCUCGAACAUCAGUCCGAAUACACGUGUUCGUGAGCUUAAGAAUGUGCUGAUCGAGCGCGGAGUUAAACCACAGAUGAUGGUGUGGAAGGGACACCGUGGUUUCUGCUAUCUCCACUUCUUCAAGCCUACACCCAAAAAGGGCGAAGGCGACGCCGUAGUGUCACACAAGAUGGACGACAUUAUCACCGCUCUGCAAGCUGUCAACCUGGGCGACGAGGACGACAAGCCGCGCGUGCUGUGCGUCGAGCCGGCGCCGCCGCGCCGGCCGCGCGACGACGCCCCGCCCCUCGCGUCUCUAGAGACGCAAGCCCCGCCCACUGCCGAGGUCCACUGAUUCAACAUAGCCGGAGCGAAGCUAA